UUGUUUUUACCAUCAGUUAAUUUCGAUCUUUUUCUAGUGUGCUGUAAUUGCAGGUACACCGAGAAAGUGAAGAUACUAAAUCCGAUAUUUAUCUUUUUAAUACCGUACUUGGCAUAUCUGACCGCUGAAAUGUUCGGUCUUUCGUCUAUUUUAGCGUAA